CCUAAUGGAAGAGGCGUUAACUGAUUAGAGAGAGAAAAGGAAGAUGGGAUGCUGAUUUGGGAUAGUUUGAAGAGGGUUUUUAUCUGAUUUGGGAUGUUGUUUGAGAGAAGGCUCUAACUAUACUUAUUUGUGAAGAGGCUCUAACUGAUUUUUAGGGUGAGAAAAGGAAGAGGGUUUUUCAUUAUGUUGGGGAAACAGCAGGGAGAGCUGAAGGAUUAGGUUUGGGGAACUAAUCCUAUAUGUACAAUUGCUUGCUCCUUUGCGAUCUUGUUUGCUGCGAGGAAGUCUUUCGAGGAAUUCUUCCAUUUUAUCGUCCCUCUCUCAAUCCUCUAUUGAAACCCAGAAUUACUGUGGCACCGAUGAUGAUGCACCGGCUUCAACCCCCAGCAAAGAAAUACUUCUGUUUAAAUCCCUUUCUCUCUCGACCUUCACCCUUCACAGACAUUCUACGGUCUUACUCUCUUCAUACCUGGUCCCUUAAUCCCAAUGCUUACCCUGAUAAGAUAAACCUAAAGAAACACAAGGUGACCCCUCCUCUCACCCGCUGGCCUUUAAAACUGUCACCCAAGAGGCUUAUAAACAUGAUCAAUCAGCAACAAAAUGUUGACCUAGCUUUACAAUUCUUUGACUAUGCUGGGAAGUAUCACCCGAAUUUCUCACAUAAUCCUGACACUUACCACACGAUCAUUGAGAAAUUAGCCAGGGCUAGAGAUUUCAAUUCCAUGGAAAUUACACUCAAAGAGUUGAAGGAUUCGAGAAUUCAAUGCAGUGAAAAAACAUUCAUAGUUGUCAUUCGAAACUAUGGCUUUGCAAACAAGCCAAAAAUGGCCCUUCGAUCCUUUUUCAAGAUGAAUGAGUUUGGAAUAAACAAGUCAAUUAGGUCUUUUAAUACUCUUUUGAAUGCAAUGAUUCAGACCAAAAGGUUUGAUUUGGUUCAUAUAUUGUAUAAGAAUUGCCAGAAAUUUGGGAUAUUUCCUAACAUUUUUACCUGCAAUAUUUUAAUCAAGGCUUUGUGUCAAAUGAACAAUUUGGAAUCGGCUUUUAGGGUUUUGGAGGAGAUGCCAAGCCAGGGUUUUGUUCCAAAUCCUGUAACUUACACUACAAUUUUGAGUGGAUUUUGUGCUCGUGGUGAUUUGAUCAGAGCAAAAAGAAUUUUUGAUGAGAUCAUAACCAAAGGUUGGGUACCUGACCCUAUCACUUACACAGUUAUGAUUGAUGGGUUUUGUAAAAAAGGAAGGUUGAUGGACGCGGUUAAACUCAUGGAUGAUAUGGAGGAAAAUGGGGUUCUUCCAAAUGAUGUCACUUAUGGUGUGGUCAUUGAAUCUUAUUGUAAAGAGGGGCGAUCAGGUGAGGCUUUAAGCCUUUUAAAUGAAAUGCUCGAGAAGAAGUUUAUACCGUGCUCAACCCUAUGUUGCAAAAUUGUUGACCUUCUAUGUCAAGAAAGCAAGGUUGAUGAGGCUUGUGUGCUAUGGAAGAAGCUCUUGAAGAGGAAUUGCAUCCCAGAUAAUGCUAUAUAUAGUACACUCAUAUAUUGGCUUUGUAAGGGUGAGAAAAUUAAAGAGGCAAGGAAGCUUUUCGAUGAGUUUGAGAAAGGGUUUUUGCCAAGUAUUUUGACAUAUAAUACACUUAUAUCAGCAAUGUGUGAGAAAGGGGAGUUGCAAGAGGCAGGGAGAUUAUGGGAUAAUAUGAUUGAGAAAGGGUGCGUUCCUAAUGUUUUCACUUACAAUAUAUUGAUCAAAGGGUUUUCUAUCAUUGGAAGGGGAAGGGAAGGUUUAAGGGUUUUGGAGGAAAUGCUAGAAAAAAGGUGUGAGGCAAAUAAGUCCACUUAUGCCAUUUUAAUGGAUGGAUUUCAUGGGUCAACGGAUGAUAUUAUGAAAUUACUUGUGGCAACGACUAGUCGGGGUUUUCUUCUUGAUUUGGAUUCAUGGGGUUUGUUUGUGGACAAAGUUAUAUGUGAUAGGGAAGGGUGGAAAUGUUCACUUGGAAGAAUUUUGGAGUGUGCUGCACUGCAAUUCUCCAUUGACACAAAUGCACUUAUAACUCUCAUGGGUUUGAAUUUUGAAGGAGCCAAACAAGUCAAAAGAGUUUUAGUAGCCAUUCUCCUACAAAGAAGGAUGGGUUAUGCCAUUUUAAUGGAUGAGUUUCAUGAGUCAAGGGAUCAGAUUAUGAAGUUACUUGUGGCAACGACUAGUCAUGGUUUUCUUCUUGAUUUGGAUUCAUGGGGUUAGUUUGUGGACAAAGUUAUCAGUCAUAGAGAAAAGUGGAAAUGUUCACUUCGAAGAAUUUUGGAGUGUGCUACUUAAUUGUUUGGCCUACAAUUGAGAUGCUCUUACACUUCUUUGCCCAUAUAAGGUUGCAAUUCUCCAUUGACACAAAUGCACUUAUAACUAUCACGGGUUUGAAU